AUGGAGUAUCAAUCAGGUAGUUUAUUAACAGCAGUAGAGAGUGGCAAGGUAGAGCUGGUUAAACAGUUGUUGGCAACACCAGGCUGUGUUGUAGAUGAACUCAACGAGAAGAAAGAGACUCCAUUGAUGGUAGCCUGUCACAACUACAAUGUAGAGUUGGCCGCUUUGCUCAUGGACGCCGGUGCCGAUAUCAACAAGCAGGACGCCAUUCAAGACUCACCCUAUCUGUUUGUUGGCGCUCACGGCAAGACAGAGAUUCUCAAGUUGAUGCUCAAGAGGACCGAUAUCAACUACAAGGUGUUCAACAGAUACGGUGGCAACUGUAUCAUCCCCGCCAGUGAGAAGGGUCAUUUGGAGAAUGUACGUGUGCUGUUGGCCGAUGGUCGUGAGGACGUCAACCACAUGAACCGUCUUGGCUGGACGGCCCUUAUCGAGGUAGUCUACUAUGACAAUGACAGUGAGCUCUACCAACAGAUCGCACGUGCACUCCUCGAGGCUGGAGCCGAUCCCAACAUCCCAGAUGCCAACCACAAGAAGACCGCCUUGACAUGGGCCAUCGAGAAGGGAUUCACAAAUCUUGAAGCUCUCAUUAGAUCAUUUGGUGGAAAGGAAUAA